UUUCAAAUUCGAUUUCCGUAUAUUUAGUUGAAAUAAAAAAGAAACACAAGUGAAAACAUGCUAUCUCAAUCAUUUGCAUCAAUUCUCUUUCAACAUUACAUAAUUAUUUGGAUUUUCAGAUAUGCCCCCCAAAAAACUGAAAACUAAAACUGGUGGAAAUACACCUACUCAAAAAUCAGCAGCAAACAUUGCUAGGAAAUAUAAAGCAUGUGGAAAGAGAAUGUCCCCAAAGAGAAGAGAGAGAGUCCGAAGAGCAUUAUAUAAUCCUGCUGUGGAUGGUGAAAUCGCGCAUGUUGAGCAAUCCAGCAGUUUAGCUUCUACGAAAAUUAUCAUUGACAAAUGUGUUGUGAAAGGCUAUCAUGUGUUUAAAAUUCGUCCCCCAUAUACCCCUCCUCCAACUCGAUUAAUUGUUGACCGAGAAUAUUCAAACAUAAAAGACAGCAAUGCUUGUUUGGUGUGGCUUCCACCAUUGAAUAAUUUCACCCCAAAUAUUCAUAAUGACAUUACAGAUGAAAAACGUCAGCUGAAAGUUAGUGACAUAGCUGGGCUACCUAUUGGACAUGUACCAAAAUGCCUAUCUGCACAUUUUCGUAACAUUUUGGAUAAUGGCGGCGAAAUAUUUGCCGAGGUGACAGGACAGCCAGUAGCAAGUUUUCCUCCAUGGCCCGAGCCAAAUGAGGAAGGGGGCGGUGUUGUGUUUCCCUGCAAAUACAUACUUGAAAAUGUGAAUGCUUCAACUUUAUUUGAUAAAUUGAAGACAAUUUUGUCUCAAUUAAAAGAGGGGGAUGCGAUGAAAUUGUAUACUUUAUAGAUGAUAAACAGCCUCUGAACUUGA